CAUUUCGAACGAAAGCUUCCGUAGGACAUCACGCCGCGCAUGUGCAGUUAGAUUUCCGUUCAACGACUAACAGUCUCGACAACUUGCAGAUAUUUCUUUUCGUGUUCGUGUAUCCGCUAAUCACCAAAAUGUCAAGCAGAAAGACCAAGGCAAAGACCACCAAGAAGAGGGCCCAGCGUGCCACUUCCAAUGUCUUUGCUAUGUUUGACCAAGCUCAGAUCCAGGAAUUCAAAGAAGCUUUUAAUAUGAUAGACCAGAACCGAGAUGGUUUUAUUGACAAGGAAGAUUUGCAUGAUAUGCUUGCAUCAAUGGGUAAGAGUCCAACAGAAGCUUAUCUCGAUGAAAUGAUGAAUGCUGCACCUGGACCAAUUAACUUCACAAUGUUUCUCACAAUGUUUGGAGAGAAACUGAAUGGAACUGACCCUGAAGAUGUCAUAAAGAAUGCAUUUGCUUGUUUUGAUGAGGACAGUACAGGCCUCAUCCCGGAAGAGAGGUUAAGGGAACUCUUGACGACCAUGGGGGAUAGGUUUAAUGAUGAAGAUGUAGAUGAAAUGUUUCGGGAUGCACCAAUCAAGAGGGGUAACUUUGACUACAUAGAGUUCACACGGAUUUUGAAAUACGGGAAGAAAGAAAAUGAUGAAUGAACUUUGGUGCUAUUUACCUUUGGAACAACACCUUUGUACAGCACUCCGAAAACAAGACGGGCAUUGACAAUACUUUAGGCCUGUCCUUAGUGGACUGAUAGGAAGCACAGAUGUACCUUCUUUGUCCUUAGCUUGUUAAAUGGAAGAUACUGGACUUCAUAAUCCUUAUAUUAUGAUUAUUUGUCUUAUGAUUAUACAAGUAGCUAGAACAUAUGAGGCUUUUACUCUGCCUUUGUCAAUCAAACUCUUAUAUUCUUCAUCUUUACUCCUACCCCUGAUGAAGCAGAGAUGAUGGGUGCAAUGUAGGUGAUUUUGCCACUGCUGAUGACAGGUCUCUUGUCUAUGUUUCACUUGUAGUCAUUUUCUCUGCUUCUUCGGAGGAAUAUAUAUUUGUGUUCAUUCUAAUCCCAUUUAUUUCUUGUAUACUCUGUCAUGUCUCAUUCAAUGCUUUGUCUGCUUUAAGAUCUGUUCAUUUCCUGUUGUUGUUUUUCAAACUGCCUGUUAUCCCCCGUAACUUUGGAAGAGACCUUUGAAGUAGUGCCAGGGUAUGAACCAGGGUGAACGUGGUAGGAAGGAUAUUAUUAUUUCAUAGGAACUUUAUGGGACAUGGUUACUUCAUGAUAUUCAGUGAAUCAUUCAUGCAGUUUUACAUCUCUCUCUCUUGUUAAUCCUGAUCUUUGUUUGUACUUAUCAUGAGGUCAUAUCAUUAUCAAACAAUUUUGGUCUCUGAUGCUAGUGUUGACAAGUACGAUACUAGUAUUGACCAGUACUAAGCAUUUCUGAAACAGAAUGACACUAUUUCUCACUCAUUAAUGCAUUGAUUACAUUGUGUAAUCCAUUUCGAAGCUCAUGUCAUACUUGAUUUCAGUGCAUAUUAUUUAGGAAAUCAAGUAUCAUUGCCUUAAGCAUUGGAAGCUAUACAGUGUUAUUCUGGUCUCUUUGUUCUUUAUUUUCCCUUAUCAUUUGAUUCAUAAUUAAGUGACUGAUUGGUGCCUCAGUCGGAUUUGAUUCCCUUCAUCUUUCAAGUUUCUUCCGUUGAAAUUGAAAUUGUAAUGAUUUUAAUGUGAACAUUCCAUGAUGAAUAAUUUUUCCACACUGAGUUAAUACUUAAGUGCUUCAUUUUUCUGAUGUUAAAUCAAUUUGUUGAUUGGUUUUGGGGAUCAUGUGCAUAUGCUGGGAGUUAUUUUAAGUAAACCCUUAAAGGGACCAACGGCAUUGAUUUCAGGAUGCGUUUUGUCUGAACAAAUAAUUGUUGCACGUCAUAUGGUAUUCCAUACGUUACCAUUUUAUAUUUACUGAAUAAAAUUUUGCUUAACAAAUC